UUUUAGUUCGCAUCAUGCGCUGCCACGCAACGAUAAUCAUUUUUCAAAUUUUAAAAUAAAAAAAAAACACCAAAAAACCGUCAAUCAAAAAUACGCGAAAACCCGCGAAAAUUUGAAUUAAACUUGUCAACUAAAAGUCACGUCAAAUCGGAGUCUGAGUGUUUGUCCCAUACGUCAUAUAGUCUUGAGUACCUGAACUGUCAAAAGUUGGUGAUCAAAUCCCAGAAAUUAAUGCGGACUGUGUACUGCGCAUUGCGCACUAGGUUUUGAUUUUUGGAUAACUCAUUUCUGAGGUUGAUUGUGAUUUCCGGUUGUUUUAAAUGUUUACAAGUGUCAAGUGAAGUGCAAAGAUUGUAGGUUUUGUACUUUAGUGCGUUGUAUUGUCACCCCCACUCCAAUCAAAUAAUCCCUCCUUUGGUUUUUUAAAAAAAAUAAAUAUAAUAAAUAAACUGACGUUAUGGUGGGGAAGCACAGGAGGAGAAGGUGGAGCUUGACACUCAUAUUUUGGUCGUUUGGUCAUUGAAGCCGUUGCGCAAGCAGUGGCAAGUAGAAAUGGAAAUAGAACGGAUUUUAUGAAUUGAUAGCAAACACAUGCUUCCAAAAUAUAAAAACUAUAUUUUUAUGUAAAACAUUUUUUAUUUUUAAAAAAAAUAUAUACAUAUAUAUAUAUUUAAAGGAAAGCUGCUACUGAACUUGAUACACCAUCUUUUAUGACAGUUUAUAAAAAUAAAAACAUCAACAAGACCGAAUAUUCGGGGCAAUAUGGGAUAAAUAAAUUGCCAUGGACGCGAGCUGAUGAUUUUAUAUUUGAAUAUAUAUUUCAUAUUUAAUAGAUGUUUAGGGUGAUAUAUAUAUUAAAUUUUUUAUCAUUGGUUUAUAAAAUAUAUUAAAAAGAGUUUAACUGAUGUACGUCGACUACGGAGGCGACACGCAACACGUCGGAAUGGGAAUCAAGGCCAUGAAAUCUUUCAAUAGGCCAAGAGAUAUUCCGGCGCAAGUACCACCUUUAACACCUGGUACAAACAAAAAAAUGACCGAGGCUUUAAAGGCCUCAUUUGCAUCCUGGGAGAAAGAACAACUUCGUCUAAAUAUAACCAAAGAUCCGAGACAAUGGUCAGAAACAGCAGUAGCUAAUUGGCUCCAUUGGGCAAUUAGAGAAUUUUCACUAGAAGGUGUAGCAAUGCAACCUUGGCAAAAUAUGACUGGUAAACAAAUAUGUGCAAUGGGUAAAGAAUCAUUUAUUGCACGUGCUCCAGCAUUCAUGGGUGAUAUUCUUUGGGAACAUUUGGAACUUCUUCAAAAAGAAGAUGAAGUAGACAAAGCGUCAUUAGAAAACAUGCCAGCAAAUUUAUAUGAAAGCGUAUGUGUUCCUGACCUCGGCGAAUUUCUGGGUUAUCAAGGAGCCAAUAAUUCGGUAACAACAGCAGUUACAACAACAACAAACCCACCGGAACUUAAGAGUCCAGCAACUCCAGCAAGUUCAAUUACCUCGACGUCAUCAAUAUCACGGAGCGGUCCACCGCAGUCGUCGAUUCAAUCACCAAUAAAUCCCCCACAAAUUCCAAGGCCUUAUCACAAUGAUAGCGGUUACAGUCAUUUACGUAGUCCAGUAUGCCAAGAAGAAAAUCAAAGAGAUGAAAAUUCAUCACCGCCUCACAAUCAUACCACUCAAACUUCAAAUUCUCAUCCAACGACACCCAGUGGCAAUCAUAAUAAUAACAACAAUAACAAUAAUAAUAACAAUAACAAUGCAAGCAAUGCGUAUAUUCAUUUAAGAAAUUUAAACCAACUUAAAUCAGAAGCCAAUUAUGGGAAUCAUCAUAUACCAGAACACCUGCAAAGUGGUGCUAGUGAACUUGGUAGUAACGAAAAUGAUCUGCGGGUAAGCAACCCAGCACCAACAGAUAGUUACAUGACACCUGCACAUUAUUCUGGUUACGAUGACCCAUCGGAAUAUCAUAAUUUACCGACAGAGCAUGGAAAUCCUCACACUUAUAAUCUUGAUAAUUCCUCGGAAUUUUAUGGUGCUAGUGGAAUACAAUUAGAGCCUAAAUAUCAACCGCCACCAUUUAAAAACUAUCCACGAGGACGGUAUCAUGAAGGAUACAACGAAAACUAUGGCCAAUAUGAUACCACACCUUUUCAAACCGUACCCGGCAGUGGGAAUGCCAAUUCCAGUGCUGGAAGUACAGUCGGUAAUGACCAAUGGACUGUCGGUCCACUCGGAGAACAUUUAUCUCAUCACCCAGCGUUCCUUACCGGUAUUGGUCCACGUGAUUCUUCAAAUCCUCAUCAUCCAGCUAAUAUUGGAAGUAAUUCUGAUCAAAAACCAUUGUUACAAAGUGCAAUGCUAGCCGGAUACACUGGUGGAGGGCCAUGUUUUACUGGAUCAGGUCCAAUACAACUAUGGCAAUUUUUAUUAGAACUACUAACUGAUAAAUCGUGCCAAGGUUUCAUAUCAUGGACUGGAGAUGGUUGGGAAUUCAAACUGACAGAUCCAGAUGAAGUUGCUCGUCGUUGGGGAAUUCGCAAGAAUAAACCCAAAAUGAAUUACGAAAAAUUGAGUCGUGGGCUUCGUUAUUAUUAUGACAAAAAUAUUAUACAUAAAACUGCUGGUAAACGAUACGUUUAUCGUUUCGUAUGUGAUCUACAAAGUCUCUUAGGAUAUAGUCCAGAAGAAUUACACGCAAUGGUGGAUUUGAAACCAGAAAAAAAGGAAGAAGACUGAAGUUUUUUCGUCCAAAAAUAUAAAUUCAAAUAUUUAAAUUUAAAAAAUGAAAGUUUUUUCGUGCUAUCGUGAUAAACGAACGUAACAAUUAAAUUAAAUAUAUCAUUUAAUUUAUUAAGUAAUAAAUAAAUAAUAAAAUAAAGUAAAACAGUGAAUACGUACCGCCAUAAUCGAUAUCAUCGAUAAUUGGCAAAAGAUUUAUAAAUCAGUCACUAAAAUAUAAAUAUAUAAAUAACAAAUAUGUUGUUGUUUUGACUGGAAUAUUAUUUUUUUUAUAAUAUAUUAUAAAGUGACAAACUAAAUUACAGUUAAAUUAUAUUUCACAUUUAUAAAUUAUUUAUCGUUAUCAAUAAAUAAUAACGAUAAAGUAAAAACUAAAUAUUUUGAAUAUUUAAAAUAUGAUAAAUAAUUUUUUUUUAAAAAUCGGUCAUUUGUACCAAAGAAAACAGGGUCCGUUAUAAAUACCAUUGGUGCCUAAAAAAAACUAAAAUGAGAAUAAGUGAAUAAAAAUCUUUUUUUUUUUAAAUAAUUUAAGAGAAAUUUAUUUUCUCUUAGCAAUUAAAUAUUAAUUAUAUAAAUAUAACAUACAAAUAUUAUAAUGUUAUGUUACGAAUUAUCAAAGAAAAAGAAAAAUGAUUUGUAAAAAAAUAAAAUUCAAGUAUAAGAUUGGAUGUAAAAGUUAAAAUAAUAAUAAUUAUAAUUUUCAAUUAAUUAUUAAUUUGAAAAUAUUUUUUGUAAUAAAUAAUAAUAAUUAUUAAUAAGUUACUAAUAGUAAUUAAAAUUCGAUAUAAAAAGUGAUUUUAUUUCAU